AGGAUGCUGUAGGUGGGUUAAGCCUGUGGUAGGUUCUGUGAGAUUUUAUCUCUAUAAAACUCAAGCUCUCCUGUGCUUUACAUAUUCAUCAUCUUCUCUACAUUUUCUCUCAAGAUCACAUCCUCACCGAACAUCAAAUCCUAAGUUUCUUCCUUCCUUCGCAUUUUUCUUCAUAUUUGACCGAUUGAAACAUCACUUUAUCACCAUUUCACCUGAUUAGCUCUCGAUCUAGAGCUUCAUAGUCAUUAUCCUUUGGACCUAAGAUCUAGCUCACGUCGCGUUUUUGGUGUUCUUCCUCGGAGAUGGAUUUUGUAAGCAGUGCCCUGCUCGUGCUGUUAGCAUGGACCUCCAUUCAUGCUACAUUUUCAUUCCUAAGAAGAUUCAGAAAACCACACCACAAACUUCCUCCUGGACCCUAUCCUCUUCCCAUCAUAGGAAACCUUCUUCAACUGGGUAACAAGCCCCACCAAUCAUUGGCCAAGCUUUCCAGCAUACAUGGCCCUCUGAUGAGUCUAAAGCUGGGCCAAAUAACCACCGUUGUGGUGUCUUCAGCUGAGAUGGCCAAAGAGGUGCUCGUAACCGACGACCACCUUCUGUCAAACCGAACCAUUCCCCAAUCUGUCUGUGUUCUGAACCACGAAAACUAUAGCCUUGCCUUCAUUCCCGUUUCCCCUCUUUGGCGCGACUUGAGGAAAAUAUGCAAUGGCCAGUUGUUUGCACGCAACUCUCUCGAUGCUAGCCAAGAUGUUAGGCGUAGCAAAGUGCAACAACUCCUAUCCGAAAUCCACCGAUGCUGCGAAAGCGGUGAAGCAGUGGAUAUUGGAACAGCAAUCUUCAAGACCACCAUCAAUUUAUUAUCAAACACCAUUUUCUCCGUGGAUUUGGCUCAAUCUUCUGACAAAGCCGGAGAGUUCAAAGAACUGAUCACCAAUAUCACCAAACUGGUUGGAAUACCAAACCUGGCCGAUCAUUUUCCUGUCUUGAAGAUGGUUGAUCCACAAGGCAUAAAAAAACGUCAGGCUAAGAAUGUGAAGAAGGUGUUGGACAUCUUUUCCCACUUGGUUGACCAAAGGUUGAAGCAAAGAGAAGGUACACACGUUGACGUGCAGAACGACAUGUUAGACUCUCUUCUCAACAUCUCUGGGGAGAAGAAGAUGAUGGACAAAACAAUGAUUCAACAUUUGUCACAUGAUUUGUUUGUUGGGGGAACUGAUACGACGACGUCUACAGUGGAAUGGGCGAUGAGUGAGUUAGUACGCAAUCCAAAGAUUAUGUCAAAGGCAACAGAAGAGUUGGAGUUAAGCAUUGGUAGAGGUAACCCAGUGAAAGAAUCAGACAUUGGAAGACUUCCGUACUUGGAAGCUAUAAUAAGAGAGACACUUCGGUUGCAUCCACCAGUUCCAUUUUUACUGCCUCGAAAAGCUGAGACAGAUGUAAACGUAUGUGGGUACACUAUCCCAAAGGAUGCAAAGGUACUGGUGAAUGUAUGGACUAUUGGAAGGGAUUCGAGCAUUUGGGAGAAUCCAAAUUCGUUUUGUCCAGAGAGAUUUCUGGGGUCAGACAUUGAUGUUAAAGGGAGGAAUUUUGAACUGACACCCUUUGGGGGUGGGAGGCGAAUAUGCCCUGGCAUUUUGUUGGCUACGAGGAUGAUGUUCCUAAUGUUGGGUUCCUUAAUUAACUCCUUUCACUGGAAACUUGAAGAUGGCUUCCAACCCCAAGAUAUGAACAUGGAGGAGAAAUUUGGGAUCACCUUACAGAAGGCUCGACCAUUACGACUUGUUCCUGUCAAAAAAUAAACAAGAAUAAAAAACCUAAUAAAUAUUUAAAUAAAAAGUGUGUCAUUUUACA